CAUGUCGCUACCAGAGCGGCGGUCCGGAGCGAAGAAUCAUCCCAGCGUCGUCGGGCGACCCGAGGAGUCCCCGCUGCAACAUUCGCGCGCGCGCCGCUCCGCUCUUCUUUCCAACCCGGGGCCCCCCCACCCAGCUACGGUGGCGGCGGCCGCUCUGCCGCUGAUCGCGUCGUCGUUGUCGGGACCGGCGUCGUCGAAGAGGCGGCGGCGGGAGCGGCGGUGGCAUCGCUCGCUCUUCCCCGGACGGCAUAGCGCGUUCUGAUCGUUGCCGCUGUCGUCUGCUCCUCCUAUUCUCUCUUCUCAUCAGAGCCGCGGAAGUUGGUGUCUUCGCUCCAGUCUCGCGUGGUUCUGCGGUCUCCUCCCCGGAAGAACCAUGUGCGUGCGCGUGCGUGUGCUGCUGUGUGGCGUGACAGCCGGUGAUAAUGGAUAACGCGCCCUGAACCAGCAAAGCGUCGGCAUCGCCAGAAAAAAAGAAAAGCAUGAAGACCCUAACAGGACACGGUGCCACUGCGACCACUUUCUGGGCCGGAUCCCCAGCGUGGUAUCUUCUCCUGUGCCAGGCGGCACUCCUCUUUUGCCACGUUGGCUCAUACCAAAACGAGCGUCGGGGCCCGGUGUUCGUGCACGAGCCUCCUCGGCGCGUGGACUUCUCCAAUUCGACGGGCGCCACGGUGGCGUGCUCCGCGACCGGCUCGCCCGAACCCCGCGUCACCUGGACGUCGGCCGACGGCACGCCGAUGGAGGACGUGCGAGGACUGCGAUACGCGCGCCCGAACGGAUCGCUGGUGCUGCCGCCGUUCCGAGCCGAGGAUUACCGGCAGGACGUGCACGCGACCGUGUACCGGUGCGCUGCUUCGAACCCCGUCGGUGCCAUUGUCAGCAGGGACGUCCAAGUCAGGGCAGUGGUGCGCCAAAAAUACUCGGCCGAAGUGUACGACGAAUUCGUCAUCUCCGGCAACACAGCGGUGAUGAGGUGUCAAGUGCCGGGAUACGUCACCGACUACGUCACCGUCACAUCGUGGAUUGAAGAACCAACCGGGAACGUCAUCAAGCCGGGAAUAAACUCAGGUGCCUCCAAGUACCACAUGUUUCCCGAAGGCGAGCUUUACAUCCGGGAUGUGGACAAAAGCUUUUCCUAUCGGAGCUACCGAUGCCAAACGAGGGACAAGCUCACGGGGGAGUCAACGAGGAAUUCUCUCCCCGGCCGGCUCAUAGUGACAGAAACGCACACCGGUGUGCCGCCGCGGAUAAUCCACUCCCGGCAGAAGAUCACAGCCUCUGUCGGAGACGCGGUGUCGCUUCCGUGCGUGGCCCACGGAUCACCGCCACCACAGUAUCGCUGGUACCGCGAGGACGGCGGCCUCGUGUUCCUCGACCAGCGAACCUCACUCGUCGACGGUGUCCUUUUCAUACGAAAGGCGGUAGUCGGCGACGCCGGGAAAUACACCUGCGUGGCCAACAACAGCGCAGGCGAGGAUCGGACCACCGCCGAGCUCGUCGUUACGGAGCCCCUGGGUGCGCAUAUCCAGCCGGCGCGGCAGCAGGUGCGCGUGGGACAGCCGAUCACCAUCCGGUGCUCGGUAUCCGGACAUCCCGUGGCGGGCAUCACGUGGCGUUUCAACCAGCGAACUCUGGCGCUCAGCGAGAGGGUCGCGCUGCUCUCGGCAGACGCCCUGGACAUUCGCUCGGUGCACAAGGAGGACAGGGGCAUGUACCAGUGCUUCGUGCACAACGACGUGGACUCAGUGCAAGCAAGCUUCGAGCUGGCGCUUGCAGAGGACCUGCCCCAGUUCCAGGAGACAUUCGGCGGUGAGACGGUGCAGGCGGGCACGAGGCUUUCGCUCAAGUGUUCGGCGUCCGGGAACCCGCUGCCGCAGAUCACGUGGUCUCUGGAUGACGCGCCCGUGCCGGAAACGCAUCGCGUGCGCUUCGGCGACUACGUCACGCAGUACGGCGUCGUGGUCAGCUACCUCAACUUCUCACUCGUCCAGGUCGAGGACGGUGGCGAGUACCGCUGCACCGCCAACAACGGCGUCGGCACGCUACACCACGCCGCCAGGAUCAACGUGCCCGGCCGACCUGUUGUGCGGCCGAUGCGGAACCUGACGGUCGUCGCCGGAGAAAUUCUGAGCAUCGUAUGUCCUGUGGCCGGAUACCCACUCGAGUCCAUCAACUGGGAGCGAGCGGGUGUCCGGCUGCCCUACAAUCACCGGCAGAAAGUGCACGACAACGGAUCCCUCGAAGUGUACCACAUGGAGAGGGCCACGGACGAAGGACCGUACACCUGCGUCGCCAAGGACAAAGACGGCCACACUGCACAGAGCACCGUCUACAUCAGCGUCAAAGUGAAGCCUGCCAUCGAGCCAUUCAGCUACCCGGCGUCCCUGCGCGAGGGUCAGCGGGCGUCGGUUAUGUGCGCCGUGGUAAGCGGCGACCUGCCCAUCAACAUCAGCUGGAUCAAGGACGGCGACCCCAUCAGCGAGUCGAACCCGGACACGGCCGGCAUACUCGUCAACACCGUGUCCGGCUUCACGUCCACGCUGCUCUUCAAGGCGCUGCGGCUGGAGUACCGCGGCAAUUACACCUGCGUCGCCCAGAAUGAGGCCGGCAGCGCCAGCCACUCGGCUGUCAUGGUCAUCCACGUUCCACCGCAGUGGAUUAUCGAACCAACAGAAACAUCUGUCAUCAAGGGCAAAAGUGUGGUCAUCGACUGUGAAGCAGAUGGUUUUCCCAAGCCAAGGAUUCGAUGGACGAAAGCCGAAGGUGAGGCGGCGCGCGACUUCAAGCCGGUGAUGAGCAGCGCGCACGUCCAGGUGUUCGAGAACGGCUCGCUGGCCAUCAACGACGCCAAGGAGGAAGACGCCGGCUUCUUCCUCUGUCAGGCGACCAAUGGCGUCGGACAGGGACUCAGCAAGGUCGUCAAGGUCACCGUGCACAUUGCCGCCCAUUUCAAGACAAAAUUCGCAGCCGAAAUGGUGAGGAAAGGACAGACAACGAGGCUCAAGUGCGAUGCCAUUGGCGACAAACCCAUGGGAGUGUCCUGGAUGAAGGACAAGCAGCCAGUCAGCCCAAAACAGGACCCAAGGUACGAGCUCGUCGAAACCGUGCAAGCCACGGGCAUCACGUCGGAGAUCAUCAUACGCCAGACGGACCGUCGCGACUCUGCCCUGUUCACGUGCCUGGCCACAAACAACUUCGGCCAGGACGACACGAACAUCCAGUUGAUCAUACAAGAGCCUCCCGACGCCCCCCAGGACCUGAAAGUGGUGGAGUCGGGCAGCAGGAGCGUCAAGCUGGAGUGGACGGCCCCGUACAGCGGCAACAGCGCCAUCACGCACUACACGGUCCAGUACAAGGACGACGGAUCCAAGUGGCACGCCAAGAUGAUCAACCUGAGCACCUCGGCCACGGAGACGACGGGCAUCGUACGCGGACUGAAGCCUGCCAUGACGUACCACUUCCGGGUGUUCGCCGAGAACCGCCUGGGACGCAGCGACGCCAGCCACUCGGUCAAAGCGACUACGACCGAGGAAGCGCCCGGAGGCCCACCUACCAAGGUCAGGGCACAACCACUGAGCUCGCAGUCACUGAAGAUUACUUGGAAGCCGCCGAGCAAGGAGCUACACUUCGGCGCCAUCAAGGGCUACUACGUGGGCUACCGCGUGGCGGCCUCGUCGGACCCGUACAUCUACAAGACGCUCGACCUGGGCGCCGACGGUCGCGAGGAGUGCGUGCUCGCGUCGCUGUCGCGCUUCACGCAGUACAGCGUCAUCGUGCAGGCGUACAACAACAAGGGCGCCGGACCCCCGUCCGACGAGGUGGUCGUGCAGACGCUCGACAGCGAUCCACCGUCACCGCCUUAUCUCCAAGUGGAAGGGACGUCCUUCACCUCUGUUUCCCUCAAGUGGGACCGCGCGCCCGGCGACCCAAACCCCGUCACAGGUUACUACGUGCGCCAUAAGGAAGCUGUCACCGGCGGGGGCGAGUGGCACGAGACGCACGUGGCGGGCGACCAGAACGCCCUGACGGUUGACAAGCUCAAGUGCGGCUCGACCUACCAGUUCGCCGUGCGCGGAUACAACGCGGCCGGCACCGGCGAGAACAGCGACAUCGUCACUGUCAAGACCAGCGGCGCCGCUCCGGUGGCUCCGGAUCGCCAGUCACUGGUGCAAUCAAACGUGAGCUCGGCCGUGGUUCUGCUGGGCGCGUGGCACAGCGGCGGCUGCCCCAUCCACCAGUUCACGGUCAAGUACAGGCGCCGACAGGACGCCGACUGGACCACGCUGCAGGCCACGAGGCCUCGAGACGCGCGCCUCGAGAUCCCGGGCCUGGCGCCGGCCACCUGGUACACGCUCCAGAUGACGGCGCACAACAGCGCGGGUGUCACCGAGGCGGAGUACGCGUUCACCACGCUCUCCAAACACGGAGCGGCAGACCAAGUGACGCCCCGGACCGAGGUGCACCGCGAGACGUCUUCGGUGGUGUCUGACGCGACCGUGGUGGUUUCGGUGGUGGUUUCGUUGGUCAUCGUGCUGGUCCUCCUGGUCGUCGUGUGCAUGGUCAUCCGCAGGAAGCAUUCCUCCGGCAGUUCCCAGAGUGGUACGUACGCCAACGGCAGCUCGCUUUACGGCACCCGAAAGAAUGGCAUGCAAGAGGCCAUGCAGAUGAGCGACCUGGAAGGCAAAGUGGGCAAGGAGUGCUCCAGCAGUGCCUUCUUCCCGGCACCUUACGCCACCACGCAACUCGGCGCCAGGGGCCCAGAAAAGAGGACGGACCACAUGGAUGAGCCCCUCUAUGCCACUGUGAAACGAACGCCACGGCCGCCAAGGUCUGACGGUCACAUAUACCAGUGUCCAGCGCUAGCAAGAAAUGGAAGGCCGGCGGCGAGGGUCACCUGAAACAAGUCUAGUCUUUCAUAAGGUGCAGGAAACAAAUUCUCAGGUGCAGGCUGGACACUGUGCCGUGCUUUCACGAAAAAAAAACUAACUGAAACGUGGACGUGAUCACUUCAUACUAGUAUGCGCAUUUGUGGUGACAACCUGCAACACAAGUGCGAAAAAGACUUUGAAGUAACAUCGGUUGAUUCAACGAAGAAGCGUGUACAGAGCAGCCGCUGGCAUACUGGGGACCUACGCUUCAAUCAUCUACGAGCAGCGUGCUGGCCACGGCACUUUCAAAGUAUGCUGGUGCGGUUUGUAGAUACAGACAUGUGGACACUGUGUAUGUGGCCUCUUUGAAGACGUGCUGUCAACGAUCGAGAACCACGAAGGCGCCUUUGAUCGCGCUACCUUGUACAAAAGCUGGACCGAAGUAUGCGUGUGUAUGCGUGUGUGUGACGGGACAAUGCACCGUUCGAGAAAGUGUGCGACAAUGUAGACAGACAUGAGUUGACAAUGUGACGCAUCACCUUCGUUCCCAUUUUCUUUCUUUCUUUUUUUUCUCUCAUUUUGUCCAGAGGAGCUUGUCGGCUUGGCGCAUUUUACCUCUAAGCACAUACCACUGUGACAACUCUCAGCUGCCAUGUGUCUUGAAUUGAAGCUCCUUGCUUAAGCGACGUUGCAAGCUUUAUUGCAGGCAAACAUAACAGUGGCUGUGACCAUACACUCUUUGGGCCAAUCAGAGAGGAGUCAAUCGGAAUUGAUGAGCCAAUCGGAGCAAGCAAUCGAGAUGGCUAAUUUGACAAGUGUCCGAAUUUGUCAUAGCUCAGAUUACCGCAGCUGUUCCGAUCUUGGCGGCCCUAACAGCCAAAUUGCGAAUUGAAGUCUGUGAUGAACGACCUGUAUGGGCGUUACACUUUUAAGGGUGUAAUUAUGUUCCACAACAAUGAUCAGAAUCAUAACCGUGGUGUCUUUUAUGUGUCAUGGCUACUUCCCUGUCAGAAAUGCUUGACAUCGUUCUUGACAGCAAUUUACCGGAGAUACACAGCACCGAAGAAAUAAAUGGCCACAGGGUCAUUAGUGUUGUAAAACAAGAUUGCACCCUGAAGGGCACAAUAUUUUAAAAUAACCCAUAGCAGAGACAGUUGACAAAAAAAAGCAUCUCCAUCCUCCAAGGAUGCGUGGAGGAGCCAUAUAGAUUACGGCAACGUUAGCUACGCAGGACAUGGUGCGAUUACACGUAAAUCACCAAGUGCUUUGCACAGCUCUUCCACUAUUAGAAUGUGCCUGGCAAGUGGCAGCAUGAGACAAUUAUAACAAAGAAAUUCUAGACGACGCGGAAACACUGCCCGACUGUGUGGAAAACGUGAGUAUAAUACCUUAGGUUAUUAUGUACAGUGUCAUCUACUAUUGCGAGUAAUACUGUCUAUUAGUAUUCGGGCGCUCAUAGCAGCUAAUUUACAACAAAGUCCUCCAGGGUGAUACUUCUAUGUUUGAUAUCUGUGUGAGCAUAACAUUGGCAGGUUUUUCAUCAUGUAGUAAAUUGAGGGUAAAUUACUGAGACUGAAUAUUAAUGAGGUGCUUUUCCUAACAGUGGGGGACGCUGUCCAUACUGUAUAUGUUGUCCAAGGUGUGUUCAUGAUCACGCAUUUGCUUGAGUAAAUCAAACAUUUGUGCAUUAGUAUGUGAAAUAGCAUGUGGCAGAAAAGAAUGGAACAGGCAUAACACUAAUUUUAGUAGUUAACUUGCUCCAUUUAUGAAUAUAACAUUGUGCAUAUUUGUCCUGUUACGCAAGCUGGCAAAAUUGUACAUGACGUCAAGAAUACAAACAACGCACAAAAGUGUGCAGGAGGUCAACCUGGGACCAUCAGGUUAGUUGCUGAGUGCAAGAAGAUUUUGGUGCAAGCAGCUGAAAUAAACCAGAGUAACCCAAAGUAAAAAAAAAGUGUUAAGCAGGGAUAAAGUGCCUCAGAAAGGCUGGCCAACGUUUUGAUAGGAGAACCUACCUUCGUCAAAGGACCUAUCUUCACCUUUGACGAAGAUAGGUCCUCCUAUCUAAACGUUGGCCAGCCUUUCUGAGGCACCUUAUCCCUGUUUAUAACCUUUAUAUCACAGUGUGCUAUUCCAUCUGUCAACCCCUUUCCUGAUUUUGAAAAAAAAAAAAAGGUAAUUGUCGUUGAGUGAGCCGAAAUUAAAUGCGAAACCAUGCACAAAGUUAAAAAAAGUGGAAACAAACUUGCAUCCUAAUUUUACAUGUUUUCAGACUAAUAAAUUUGUCACAAUAUAAAUGCUAGAGCUUUGAUAAGCAUUUACUACAAGAAAAUAUGAGCAUGUCAGACUAUACAAAAAGAUCUGAGGUUGUUGCAUACAUACAUUGCACUGGAAAUUGUGCACUGUUCACCAAGAUUCUUCAUAAAAGCCAGCUGCAGACAAAGCGUAAAUUCGGAAAAGCAAAGAGCUUUCCAAGUUGUUUGACAGAAUAUUUCCAUUUUUCAAAUCGGUUAUCUACUUACAAAUACGAACAUGAGCCUAACUGACUCACACCAACAAGUGCAGGGUAUACAUUGUGCUAAUAUCAGUGAACAGCUCUAGACCAUUUCUUCCAAGCUGUUAUCGUAGCAUUCAGGUACUACUCAACCACCAGGUGCAAGCAACACGGUGCCAGUUGUGUUCAACAUUAUGUGACUGUUGUGGAUGAAUAAAAAAAAAUUGAUCAUCUGUCAGCCACUUCA